GCUGCACUGGGAGCCGCUGGGACCAGUACCGCCAGCGCCAGCGGCACCAGCAGCACCGUCAGACGCCGCACCAUGAAAAGGUGAAAGAUGAUAAGCCACUCCCACACGGUGCCGCUGCUGAGCCCGGCGGCCGAGGGCUCGGGCGAAGGGCAGCGCCGCCGCCGCGUUCUUUCCAAAGACGGGCGCAGCAACGUGCUGAUCGAGCACGUGAGAGGGCGCCGGGCCCUCUACCUGCGCGACCUCUGGACGACCUUCCUGGACAUGCAGUGGCGCUACAAGUUCUUCUUGUUCUGCGCCACAUUCGCCGGCACCUGGUUUCUUUUUGGCUUGCUGUGGUAUCUGGUGGCCGCCGUGCACGGCGACCUGCCAGACUCCGGCUGGGCCUCCAACCACACGCCGUGCGUGACGGAGGUGCGUACGCUGACGGGCGCCUUCCUCUUCUCGCUGGAGUCGCAGACCACCAUCGGUUACGGCUCACGCGUCAUCACGGAGGAGUGUCCGGGCGCCAUCGUGCUGCUCAUCUUCCAGCUGGUGGUCACCAUGGUGAUGGAGAUCUUCAUCACGGGCACUUUCCUGGCCAAGGUGGCGCGGCCCAAGAAGCGCGGCGAGACGGUCAAGUUCAGCCAGCACGCCGUGGUGUCCACGCACGAAGGGUGGCCGUGUCUGAUGGUGCGUGUGGCCAACAUGCGCAAGAGCUUGCUGCUGGGCUGUCAGGUGACGGGGAAGCUGCUGCAGACGUCGCUGAGCGAGGAGGGCGAGGCCGUGCAUUUGGACCAGCGCAACGUUUCCUUCCAGGUGGACACGUCCAGCGACAGCCCCUUCCUCAUCAUCCCGUUGACCUUCUACCACGUCAUCGACGACCGCAGCCCCUUGCGAGACUGGGCCGCCAAAGGUGGAGGCUGGGCGGCCGACUUUGAGCUGCUGGUCAUCAUGAGCGCCACGGUGGAGCCGACGUCGGCCACCUGCCAGGUGCGCACGUCGUACCUCCCCGACGAGAUCCUCUGGGGCUACGAAUUCCCGCCCGUCAUGUCGCUGUCCACCUCGGGGGGCUACGUGGCCGACUUCACUUUCUUCGACAAGGUCGCCAAAGCCAAAAGCCCGCCGCCGGCGAAGGGAGGGACGGACCUGGGGAAAAAGAGACCGGAAGAAGACUACAGGGGAGAAGGGCGGGGCCGAGCGAGGCGGAGCCAAGACAGCGGCGCGCUAAGCAUGCGGAUCAGUAACGUUUGACUCGGACACAGGAAGUGGCAUCAUGGACUCCCUCCCACCUGGUUUUGCUUGAACCACUAACAAGACACUAAAGUCAUUUUCGGAAACUAUAUUACUUUCAACAUUAGCAUUUUACAUCCUCAACGUAAUAAAGUCUCGUUUGAGACGCGUGUCCUCCUCAACAAUUGCCUUUCCGUAUCUGACGAGCGCAACUUAGCAUAUGCAUGCUGUCUGUGUUUCUCUGGCCAUCUUCUUAUUUGUCUCUCUUAUCUGUUUACCUCUAUCAAGCUGUCUUCUGCCAGCUAGCUAACCAGCUAGCUAGCUAGCAAACAGCUAGCGAACCAGGCAG